UGAUGACGUUAAUCUCCUCAACCCACAUAACACAACACCCCAAGAAAAAUAGAAGAUCAAAUAAAUAAUGUGUUUGUUGUUGUUUACUAAAUUAGAAGUUUAAUUUUUUCGCGAAAUGUAGAUUUCUGUGUCUAAAAAAUAACAUUUCACAAUACAACCGAUACCGCAUAGUAACAGUCAGCCUAUUUAAUUAGUUUCCAGUUGCUAUACGAAGUUUUUAGUGCGAAAAAAUGGCAUCGCCGAUUCGAAUCUGUAUAGAGCACUUCAUAGGGCCCUUUAUUGUUUUUUCUGUAAUGGGGUUUCUAAAUUAUACGUAUAACUUACGUACGUUUGGCAUUAAUGCCCUGAUCUUUGCUAUUUCAGCAUGUAUGAUAUUAACUUUGCUUUUUCUGGCUUUCACAGAUGAAGUUUAUGAGAUAUCAUGGAGGGCAGCGAUGUUAGGAGCCUUGUGUUCAUUGGGCUUCUAUAUUUUCUUAGUGUGUCCUCCACAAUUUAAAGUUUUUGGUCUGUACAUGUCUGUAAUGGCAUUUUUUCACUUUUCUGAAUUUCUGACUAUUGCCAUCAUCCAGCCUACUCAAGUGUCUACUGAUUCUUUUGUGAUAAAUCAUAGUCCCCAAUAUACUAUGGCUGCACUACUCUCUUGGAUUGAAUUUUUUGCUGAAGCAUAUUUCUGUCCUUGGCUAAAACAGUAUUAUUUGAUCUCAUACAUUGGUGUCUCUAUAUGUAUUGCAGGGGAAUUCUUGAGAAAAUUUGCUAUGUUUACUGCUGGAAAUAAUUUCCACCAUUUGGUACAAUCUGAAAAGAAGAAAGACCAUGUGUUGGUUGUGAAGGGUCCAUAUUCAGUCUUUCGCCAUCCCAGCUAUGUUGGAUGGUUUUACUGGGCCAUUGGGACGCAGUUGAUUCUGAUUAAUCCAAUUUGCAUACCAGCCUAUACAGUGGUAUCCUGGAUGUUCUUUAACAGUCGGAUCUACAUAGAAGAAAUAACUCUUCUUAACUUUUUUGGUCAAAAUUAUGUGGAGUACCAAAAACAGGUUGAGACUGGUAUUCCCUUCAUUAAGGGCUACAAGAUUUAAACUAUAACGUAAAUAAACAGGAGCUAAUUUCGUACCCAUCCUUUGGCCCUCAUCAUACGCACCGGCGGCAGAAGGAACAAGGUUUUUGUGGGCCCAUUUCAAGUGAGGUUGUAUAGACUGAGCAACGUUCUGUUUAAAUGUAUUUAGUGAGUAAUUCUAAGGCUGUAAGGUGGAAUAGUCCAAUUUAUGUGAAGAAGUAACAGGGUAAUGAUGAGUUUCUAUUUCUGUAUCUCUUAUAGUAAAACCAGCGCACAAUUUGUUACUUUUAGCACAAUUAAGCAGGUUUUUCAAUAAAACGGGGAAUUGUUGUUACCCUAUUAAGUCUACAUGCAUAUUUAAGGCAAAAAAGUUUAUAUUUUCUUAAUUUUAAGUAUUUUCAUUAAGAACCGUUAUGUGAUACUGUAAUUUAUUUUGAGAUAUCAGUCACAAUUUUGUACUUUUAAUUCAAUUUAAGAAUGAUUAAUAUAGACGGUGCCAUAAGAAAAGGUAAAAUUCCAUUUAGAAUUUUUACAAGAGUCAACUUAAUUAUAUAAUCUUCUUGGACUAAUCAUAACUUAAAUAAAUGUAAAAUGUAGUGGAUGAUAGAAAUAUUUUAAAUAUAUGUUUCCAUGUUAAA